AUGGACUACAUAUUGAACACGUUGCGAUCCAUUCGCCUUCCCGCGCGGUACUAUUCAGUCGUCAUACCCGCCGUUGCGACAGUCAUAGUCCUGACUAUACUGUUCAGUAUUAUCGAUAGCCACAUUAAUGCAUUCGCCCCCCUCCCAAAGUUUCUUUCUAAUUCAAAGCAACGAGAGCUUCCGAAGACUAGCGGUGACAGUAUCUUAUAUGGUGGCCACUUUCUCCCUCACAGGAAAUGGAUGGUCCCGCGACGUUUGGACAAGUUUGAAAAACUGUUCUUGGACUCUUAUACGGAAUACCGCGCAUUCCUCGAUCGUCAGUCGAGAACUUAUGCCGACGCUGUAAAAAAUUACAAAAAACGGUAUAAUCGCUCACCACCCCACGGGUUCAACAAAUGGUUCAGCUAUGCCCAGACCAAAGCGUCUCUAGUUAUCGAUGACUACGAUAGUAUCGAAGAAUCAAUUGCACCGUAUCGGAACAUGUCACAAAAAGAAUUUCUUCAUCGGAUGGAGGAACUGAGGGUUUAUGACAAGACCUUUCGGAUUGCUGAGUAUAAGGUUAUAGAGCGGAAUGAGUGGAUGAAGGGGCAGGGACUGUGGCAUCUACUCGAUUGGGAUUUUUUUCAUGAUUUACCGGAGGGCUUUUCGAUGUACAUCAAUACAUGGGACGAGCCAUUCGUAUUCCCCCAGGAGCUUAAUAGGACACAAAAGAUCGAAUUCCUCGAUCUUGGCCGGAAACCGUGGUGGCCAGCGUUAUUGGAGCACUGUAACGUAUGGGAAGGGAGGAACGUACAGAAAAAUAAUAGGAACGAUUAUAUCGCAACAAUCCAAGAUGCGAAAGAAGCAUUAGACCUUUGCGCCCAUCCGGAAUACGAGGCAAUGCAUGGGUUCUUUAAUGCACCAAGCAGUCUGAUGGUGACGAAACAGCUGGUCCCCAUAUUCAGCGUAUCCAAGUUGUCGGUGUUUAAAGAUAUUUUACUCCCAUCAGCUGCACCCUGGCAUCCGGAAUUUUUAGGGAAUGGUGGGAUCAAGGAUUUCGUAGGAAAGACAAAAAAACUAUACUGGAGAGGUAGUACGACUGGUGGAGAUAAUAAUGGGGAAAAUGUGCUUAAAUCACACAGAAGCAGACUGGCGAGUAUUAGUCAGGAGCACCCCGAUCUUAUUGACGCAAAAAUUACGACAUACUUCGGAGAUCUAGAAGGGCUACAGCAGCAGUGGCGAGAGUUUGGAGAACCUGAAAGAACAGACCACGGCGCUGAGAAUAAUUUCUCCUUUUUAAUGGAUAUGGAUGGACAUGGGCUUAGUGGGGGGUACUAUAGAUUGCUGAGGAGCAAAGCUGUGGUGUUCAAAUCCACGGCAGUGCAGCAGUGGCAUGAUGACAGGAUGUUUCCAUGGGUGCAUUAUAUACCCAUAAGAUUGGGAAUGAAGGAGCUAGCAGAAAUAGUUAAAUGGUUUGCUACGACGGAAAGGGGGGACGAGAUUGGGAGAAGGAUUGCGGAGGAGGCGGACUGGUGGUCAAGGACGGGGAUGAGGGAAGAUGAUGCGAACGUUUACACUUACAGGCUAUUCCUCGAAUAUGCCGCGCUCUUUGUUGAACCAAGACCUAAUUAG